UCAGUCGGCCAUCUUUAUCAGUUUGCCGCCAACCGGCCACUUGACACACGGAUCUUCGUUCGGAAGUGUAAAAAGUAAAAUAAUUCUUUUUUCGAAUCAGUUCUCUGAUUCGGAUUCUCGUUUUCUCGAACUCGGGAUAUUUUUAGCAACAACCAAAAGGUUGUUGCUUAACAGAGAAUAAAAGCUUUGAGAAUUACUUCUUCAAAGGGAGCCCCGGCUGAGUCCGGCGCGCCUGGUAUCGCCGGGCCGGCUGCGCGCGUCCGCUCGCCGCGCUGUUGGCGACGCGCGCUCAACGUCGAUCCGCCCUGGCCGAGGACGCUGCGCUGACACCACUCACUACAUACCUGACACUUGUGGUCUAGCGCUAGCGGCACCCCCGGCCCGGGCCCCGUCAGCUGACGGCCCGACACGACAGGGCUCCGACCACUGUCCAGUGACACCAACUCCAAGUGAACACCAAGUGAAACGGGGGUACACGCACCGACGACUCCAGAACUAAAUUACCAAAUUCCGAUACUUUUAAACCAAGUUUUAACAAUGAAGGUGGUAGAGGAAGAGGCUCGUAUCAGGGUGAUGGAGGGGGCCUGGACCCCCGAGGGGGUGAUGAAGGAGGUGGUGGCGGGGGGACAGGAGGACCCCUUCUACGUGAUGGACGUGGGGGAGGUGGUGGCGCGCUACCAGCACUGGAGGGACCUCAUGCCGCGGGUCGAGCCUUUCUAUGCGGUGAAGUGCAACGAUGACAAGGUGCUGGUGCGCGUGCUGGCGGCGCUGGGGAGCAACUUCGACUGCGCCUCCAAGGGGGAGAUCGAGCUGGUCACCUCGCUUGGAGUCUCGCCUGACCGCAUAAUCUUCGCUAACCCAGCGAAGAUGUCGUCUCACAUCCGCUACGCGUCCGCCGUGGGGGUGGACACCAUGACCUUCGACUCCGAGACCGAGCUCAUGAAGAUCAAGCAGAUCAUGCCGCACGCCAAGUUGGUGAUCCGCAUCCGCUGCGACGCGGCGGACGCGCAGUGCCCGCUGGGCAUCAAGUUCGGCUGCGACCCCGUCAGCGAGGCCCCGCGCCUGCUCAAGCUGGCCGCCGUGCUCGGGCUCGACGUGGUGGGCGUGUCGUUCCACGUGGGCUCGGGCGCCCAGGACUCGUCGGUGUACGCGCGCGCCAUCGAGUACUGCCACGCGCUGUUCUCGCUGGGCGCCUGCGUGGGCCACGCCGGCAUGGCGCUGCUGGACCUGGGCGGCGGCUUCCCGGGGAACUCCGGGACCUCCAUCGUCGAUGCUUCGAAGGUGAUCAACGAGGCCCUCGCCCGUUUCUUCCCGGACCCCUCCGUCCGCGUGAUCGCGGAGCCCGGCCGCUACUUCGCCGCCGCCGCCUACACCCUCGCCACCAUGGUGCACUCCAAGCGCGAGGUGGUGAACAAGGAGGACCCGGAGCACGAGACUCACACCAUGUACUUCGUCAACGACGGCGUGUAUGGCUCCUUCAACUGCAUCCUCUACGACCACCAGACCGUCUACACGCACCCGCUAUACCCGUCGUCGGAGAAGCAGGUCCCGUGCUCGGUGUGGGGCCCCACGUGCGACGGGCUGGACUGCGUGCUGCCGGCGGCGCGGCUGCCGGCGCUGGCGCUGGGCGAGUGGCUGGUGUGGCGCGACAUGGGCGCCUACACGCUGCCCGUGGCCUCGCCCUUCAACGGGUACCCCGUGCCCAGCGUGCGAUACGUCAUGGCUGACAAGCUGCGGCCCCUGCUGAAGGAGCUGUCCCCGCUGCUGGAGGCGCCGUGGGCCGCCAGCCCGCCGCCCUCGCCGCCCAGCGAGCGGGCCGACGUGCUGGCGCCGCCGCGCGCCGUCUUCGUCGAAUGCGCUAUCAAAUAACCCGCCACGUUGAAAGGAUACAUCGAGAUUUUCUUUUACAAUUUGACUAAAAAGAGUAGAAAUUCUUAAAUUAACUAAAAAGAGUCCAAAAAAACGUUGCAUUUAAAAAAAUGACUAUGAACUAUAUAUAUACAUCUUUCCAUACAAAAAAUAUAUCCUAUACGAAAAUGAUAUUUAAAAAUCUACGCUGAUUGAUUUAUUUUAUAUGAAAAUAAAAUCUCUUUUUUGUCAAAUUGUUAAUCGUUGUAUUUAGUAAUCUUCGUGAGUUCCAAAUUGUUUGGGUCGUCCUAAUUUGAUUAUAUUUAGAUUUUGAUUUGUUAAAUGUUCUGUUAGGGUUGACUCGAAAUUGAUUAUUUUCUUAAUUAUAAUGAAAUCAUCAAAAUGCACGAAUUUAUUUUUAAAAGCACUGCUUUCUUUAUUAUUAUUGAAUAAUUCAUAUUUCGGAGUUUGGAAACAUUGAAAUUUGUUUUAUGUUUUUUAAAAAUUAUGUUAGUGGCCACCCGAUCGAGGCAAAGCCUUAAAAAAAGGUUGGGUAUCAAAUUACUAUCAUCUAUCUAUAUGUUAAUCUGUUUUAAAGGGGUCAUUUGGAUGUGUUUUAGAUGUUGUCUUAUUGAUCAUUUGGCACGUAGAAAUAACCAUGAUUUUAUGUACCGACUACAUAACAGUGAAUGAACGUGAAGUUGGCUCAUUUUUUUUUGUAACAAAUUUUUAAAAUAUUUCAUUUUAAAACAUUUGCAUAUCAUAUGUAAAACAUUAUUUUUAUUAUUUUGACGUUUUUAUUAUUUGGAAUAAAUAAAUUAGGAAGUAAAAUUGAUCACCUUGAAAGUGAAGCUUUCACUAUAAAAUGCGAUAAAAUCGUUUUAACUUACAUUGUACAUGUAUUAACUUUUUCAUGAAUGUUGUAGUGUACUAGCUACUUUUACAUCUUUGCCCUUUAUGUGAUUUUGCGUAUUGUGAUUACCUUGUUAUUCGCUUACUAACCUUUGUCAAAGUUUAUAAAUGUAUUCGUUUAGUACAAAAAUCUUUACUGCCGAAUUGUAUUUAUGAAUUGUUCAUUGAUUUUUUCUUAUUUUUGCACAAGUGCAAACAUAGGUUAGUUACAUUCCUUCGAGGACGGAUAAAAUGUAUUUGAAUGUAUUCAAUCAACCAAUGUAAUGAAAUCAAUAUUAACUUGAUGUUACGUCUUAGAUGGGUUCUGCAAUAAAUAUGUAGCAAUCGCUUUUUCAAUAUACGUUGCUGAAUGUACAAA